UUUCAAUUCAAUAUGGGAUUAUCACUACCGGAAUUUCUGAUAAUAUGCGGAAGUAUCUUCCUGAUUGGCUUUCUCUUCCUCGAGGUUAUUAAUUGGGGAAAGAUCAUAUCUUCUCUUGGAAGCAAUCACGACUUGGAAGUAACAGUGUUUGAAAACACUGAGGAUGAAGAUGACCGUGAAAGUUUAUCGCGGAAGCACAGCGAGAGUUUCGAAUCCCCGGUGAAUAUCGUACCCCGUCAAGCGGUUGUAAUUGAAAUUUCUGAGCCGCUCAAAUGGAAUGGAUACACGGUGCCGCCAAUUGCGAUGACAAUCUUGAAUAGUGGAGAAACAGUGAUUGUCCAAGGAUUUUGGAAUCGCAACCUAGUUCCAACAAUUUCCGGAGGUCCUUUGAAACACACUUAUCAACUUGAGUCCAUCUCCUUCCGUUGGGGUGUGUCAGAUCAAUCCGGAAGUGAACAUUCCAUCGGUCAAGUCAACUAUCCCCUUGAAAUGCAGCUUCUGCACGUGAAAAAGACCAACUCCUGGGAAAAUACCGAGGAACAUUCGGACGACGUCGAUGCAACCAUCGUGUCAUAUCUCUUCCAAAUAAAAGAAAAUGAUAAUCCACUGCUAGAUCCCAUCAUAAUGAAUCUCUGCAGAAUUCAAAAACCAAAUGACAAGGACUACAUACCCCCAUUUCAGCUGGACACUUUAUUUCCGUUAUUCGAGAGAAAAUUCUACAGUUACAGCGAAAAGUUGAAUCAGCCAUUCGGGGAAAUUGCGACGUGGAUAAUUUAUCCGGAGCCACUGUCUCUCUCCGCAUCUCAAAUGGCUGAACUGAGAACGAUUUCUAAGGGAAACUCUAGACCCAUGAGGACCCUCAGCCCCCAAGAUCUCUACUACCACGAAUAAUUGCUUCAAUUAAAGAACCCAAGUAAUUACAUUUUUACACGAAGAACGAUUUAUUUUCUUACCUUUACACAUGCGUUUAUAUAGUUACAUUUAACCUCUGUCUCAGAGAGAUCCAACCAACACUUAAUGAAACUCUAAAUUCUCUGUACACAUAGAAUACGCAUUAAUCUUCAUCUAUAUUACAGUAAAUCAAAUGCAUUAAAAAAAUCCAGCAUAAUAACUGCUUUAAAAAAAUAUAUGCGCAAU